GACCUCGAUUUUUCUCCGUAUUUUUUUCUGAGCAGGACGGCGGCUGGCGGCGCCAUAUUGAAAGAAGAAAAUUGUUCCGUAAAACGCUGAAAACGUGAAAUUUAGCACCAUGCUGUACCUGGAGGACUAUCUCGAGAUGAUCGAGCAGCUUCCCAUGGAUCUCCGCGACAGGUUUACGGAAAUGAGGGAGAUGGACCUGCAGGUUCAGAACGCCACAGAUCAGCUGGAGCAGAAGGUGAUGGAGUUCUUCGUCAAUGCCAAGAAGAACAAACCGGAGUGGAGAGAAGAGCAGAUGGAGGUCAUUAAGAAGGAUUAUUACAAAGCUCUGGAAGACGCAGAUGAGAAAGUCCAGCUGGCCAAUCAGAUUUAUGAUCUGGUGGACCGACACCUGCGUAAACUGGACCAGGAACUGGCCAAGUUCAAGAUGGAGCUGGAGGCCGACAACGCCGGAAUCACCGAGAUCCUGGAGAGACGGUCUCUGGAGAUGGACAGUCCGUCUCAGCCGGUCAACAACCACCACGUCCACUCACACACCACCACUGAGAAGAGGAAGUACAGCGCUCCAACCCACCACACCACAGAACACGUUCCAGAGAAGAAGUUCAAGUCUGAAGCUCUGCUGUCCACGCUCACAUCAGACGCCUCCAAGGAGAACACGCCAGGCUGCCGUACCAACAGCACCUCCUCCUCCUCCACCAACAGCAACGUCUACAGCGUCAACUCCUCCCAGCCUCUGGCCUCCUACAACCUGAGCUCUCUACCUGCCGGUCCCGGAGCCGGAGCCGGAGCCAUCACCAUGGCAGCAGCCCAGGCCGUCCAGGCCACGGCACAGAUGAAGGAGGGCCGGAGAACGUCCAGCCUCAAAGCGAGCUACGAGGCCUUCAAGAACAACGACUUCCAGCUGAGCCGAGAGUUUUCCCUGUCCAGAGACACCAGCGGAUACUCGUCCUCCGCCCUGGCCUCCACCCUCACCCAGACCCUCACCCCCACCACCGCCUCCGACUCCAGGGGCCGCAAGUCCAAAUUUUCCACCAGCAGCCCUCACCUGCAUGGAAACAAGCAGAUCAUCUCCUCUUCCUCUGUUUCCAGGAGCAGCAUCAAGUCUUCCAACCAUCAGUCCUCUUCAUCAUCAUCCUCCUCCUCCCUGUCGUCCUGCUCGUCUUCAUCGGCGUUGGCUCAGGAGCUCUCCCAGCAGGCAUCCACCCUGCCCGAAGCUGAGGCUAACAGCCAGGUGGACUGGACCUACGACCCCAACGAGCCCCGAUACUGCAUCUGUAACCAGGUUUCUUAUGGAGAGAUGGUCGGAUGCGACAACACAGACUGUCCCAUCGAGUGGUUCCACUACGGCUGUGUGGGGCUGACGGAGGCUCCCAAGGGGAAGUGGUACUGCCCUCAGUGUACGGCCGCCAUGAAGAGGAGAGGAAGCCGCCACAAAUAGACCGGCAGCCAUGUUGGAUCUGGGACAGGCAGCCAUGUUGGAUCUGGGACCGGCGACCAUGUUGGAUCUGGGACCGGCGACCAUGUUGGAUCUGGGACCGGCGGCCAUGUUGGAUCUGGGACCGGCGGCCAUGUUGGAUCUGAGGUCAAAGGUGGCUGCAGACAAACACACUGAUGACAGAAACUGUGGAGUCUGGAGCCACAGCGGGGAAAAUGCUUUAGGUUCUGAGAGGAAAUCUGGAAUGAAAUGCUUCAAUACUAAACAUUUAAAAAUUGAAACUUUUAAAACUACAACAAUCUGGCAGGUUUUUCCUACCUUAACCCUGUAAGACCCAAAUAUAAAAUAAGAAUGAGCAAAAAUAAAAUAUAUCAAACUAUAUAUAUAUUCAAAAUAGUUGCUGUUGUGUUUCUGCAGCAGUGGGUUUUGUAGGGUCAAGUCUGACUUUUUUCACAAUGAGCAGCUGAUUAGUCGUUAAGGAACCAAUAAUCAACGUCAAACAUUUCAAACUAAUUUUAAAACAGCUCUGAUCUGAUUGGUUAAUGAGUCACAGCCAGUCAGCUGAUCGUAAACCAAUCAGAUCGAGCCGUUUUAAAAUAUUUUAUUUUAUCGCAAGCCAAGUUUUUCAAAGCAAUAAAGAUAAUCUGACCGUUACAUUUAGCAUUUAGUUUCACUUAAAUCUCAAAAUUAAUCCUGACUUUGUUUGAUCAAAGUUGAAUAAAGUUACAGAGAGAAAACCUGAUAAAUGAUCUCAUAGUUUGUCCUUAUUUAGACGCUUUCACAAACUAUGAGCUUCUUUAAUGUGGAAUAUGUCAGGUUUUUUUUCUCAGAAAUAGACUUUUUUGUCCUAUUUUCUCCACAAACUCGACUAUUUUGGUGCAGAAAAUUCAGUUAUAUUUAUUUGUUUGUCUCAUCAGCGUCUCUCUUUCAAACCACAGAACACUAAAAAUAAAACUUUCCACCGAGACGCCUUCAUGACGUUUUCUAGUUAAACUGUCUGCUGUGGAGCAUUUUGACCAAAUAUCAGCCGGAGAUGAAACUUCAGACGUCAGACUUUGAGAGUUAGAAAGAAGCUGAACCUCCACGGUGGAGUUUUAACUUUCAUCCUAAAAUUCAGACUCAGAAUUUAAAGUGCAACAAAAAUCUUCUAAAAACCUAAAGUUUUGUCUUAAAAUCUGGAAACUUCGACUUUAUUUGUUUCCGGAUUCCUCUCCGUCUGUAGCGUCGAUGUUCAGAUUUAACCUCAGAGCCAGAGUCAUUUUCCCACAAGACCGUGCUCCUCUCAGCAAAAACUACAAACAGGACGAACUGUUGGACUACAACUAUGGCGGCCGUGUCUUUUAUAUGAAACGUGACAGAAGCAGGCGAAGCUGAGAACCCUCUGACCUCCUGAAAUGUUUUACAGAAUGUACAGAGUCAGAACCAAUCAGCUGCAGCCUGGGAGUGUGUGUUUGUGUGUGUGAGUGUUGUUUAUUUGUGUGUUUGUGUCCACAGAUGUUUAAAAAAAGUCCAAUAAAAUGAUGAGGAUGUUUUGGUAAA